UCCGCCCUGCUGUUAUUCAGCUGUCAGUCACGCGUCGCCUGGUUCUUCCCGGUGGGGGGUGCGGGGCGUGAGCUGCUGGGGGUGCAGAUUCGGGUAAAGAUGUGUGGCCUGGCGGGAGGAGAAUGGCUCCAUCUGGGAAGUGAUUCUGCGGGGAGCGGCUGUUGCAGUCCUUGAAAGCGCCGAAGGGCAGGCUUCCUGAUGAAGACAGAAGCUCCGUAUCUGGUCCUGUGUGAGCGACAGUUUCCUAUGCCAUGAAUAACACCACCCUGCCCACCUCCCCUGAACCAACCAGCGACUAUUUGGUGGGCUAUGUUCUGGUGCCGUUUUUCCUUAUCACUGUGGUUGGGAUCAUCUUGGCUGUGAUGAUGUAUAUUCAGAAGAAGAGGAGGUAUGACCGGCUACGUCAUCACUUGCUGCCUAUGUAUAGCUAUGAUCCUGCAGAGGAAUUGCAUGAAGCAGAACAAGAGCUCUUGGUGGAGCCAGAGGACACAAAGGUGAUGGGAGGUUGGGGAAGAUACCAGCCCUACCGUGCUUCACUUACGGAUGUGAAGGCUUAAUACAACUUCAAGAGAUCGAAAACGCGGCUUGGGGCAGAUGAUUUCACCUAUUUGGUAUGCGUGUCAAAUUGAAGUGCUCCUGUUGAUUCUGUGGUUGUUUUCCACUUCAAUACUGUAUCCCCUUUGUCUUGGCUCCUGGUGAAAGAACGCAAGUGGGUGCCUGCUCUGGGUUCUAACACAAGUAUCAACCACUGAGUAGUUGGCACACAGAGAGCAGCCUAUAAAGCUGGAGCCUUGCAUGCUUGUGUUUGGAAGAGUUUUAAGAGGUAUGAGAACACCUCCUCUUGGCUUGCAUUUGGGAUGGCUGCAGGAUAGAAGCUGCCACUUCAGGGAGAAUACCUCUGAAUGGCUCUUAUAGUAAGGGCUGUAAGUCCUCAAAGGCUCAGCUCCCUCCCUCCUUGUGCAAAGAUGCAGCUGCAAAGACAGUGUAAUGCAUUUGCUAGUUGGCCCCACUCCUCAUCUUGCUGCCUGUUUAGUUAUGUUCAUAAUGAGCGUUGCCACUUUGCUGUUGGGUUCCCAUGAUGUGCCCCUUUGUUGAUCCAGGGAAAGCAAAAACAAAUGGUGAAAUUGCCAGCUCAAACACUUGUCCUUUCCCCCGUGAUGCAGAUCAGUGAUGGUGGAGGGAGAGGGCCAAGAUGUACAUGCAGCAGUGAGCAUUAAACACAUGCCCACCUGCCUGGAGGGGCCUUAAGGUAUUUGUGAGGAGGAGUUUCCUCCAGCAAGGUGCUUCUUUCUAUGAUGAUGACUUUUGUAUUUGAUGGGAACUUACCUGUACAUUUUGUAAAUAAAAUGAGUCAUGAACAGGA